AUGGCCAAAGGAGAAAAUACCUCUCUCCUGAACCCCAGCAGCCUGGUCAGAUCAGUAUCCAAUAUGAGCUCUGAGUUUGGCCGUAGGGUCUGGACUUCACCUCCACCACCCCAGCGACCUUUCCGCGUCUGUGAUCACAAACGGACCACGCGGAAAGGUCUGACAGCUGCCACCCGCCAGGAACUGCUAGACAAGGCACUGGAGACCCUGCUGCUGAGCGGAGUGCUAACCCUGGUGCUAGAGGAGGAUGGGACUGCCGUGGAGAGCGAAGACUUCUUCCAGCUGUUGGAGGAUGACACAUGCCUGAUGGUGCUGGAGUCUGGGCAGAGCUGGAGUUCCAGCAGGAGUGGGAUGCUGUCCUAUGGCCUGGGCCGGGAGAAGCCCAAGCACAGCAAGGACAUCGCCCGCAUCACCUUUGACGUGUACAAGCAAAACCCUCGAGACCUCUUUGGGAGCCUGAACAUCAAAGCCACAUUCUAUGGGCUCUACUCCAUGAGUUGUGACUUUCAAGGACUUGGCCCAAAGAAAGUACUCAGGGAGUUCCUCCGAUGGACCUCCACACUGCUGCAAGGCCUGGGCCAUAUGCUGCUGGGAAUUUCCUCUACCCUUCGCCAUGUAGUGGAAGGAGCUACACAGUGGCAGCAGCAGGGUCAUCUUCAUUACUGAGAAGGGGCUUGGAGCUUCUGCCCCUGGAGAUGGCUGUAGGGACUGUGACAACAUCCCGUUUAGGGACCCGCAGAUAGUGCAGACUAGAUAACUCACCUGGUUUUCCCACUGCCCUCUGACCCCAUCAGCAUAGUGCCUUACACCCCUAGCCUAUACCCAUUCCUGAAGAAUGCUGUCCCUUCUUAGCCAUCUUUUCGGCUUCCCACCUACUCUGAAAGCCACAACCUUGCCCCAGGCAUCUUGAUAGCACUCUAACUGCUGCUGCCUCUAGAGUUCCUACAACUCCUCCUCUCCCUGAGCUCCCCAGAGCACUGAAGACAGCCCGCUUGAACUUUACCUUGAGAUCUCUAUUUCUCCAUACCUUUCCCCGCCAAGAAUAACAAAGACAUUUCCAAUACAAAUAUAAAAAUGUUUACCAAUAA